AUGUCCCCCCAUCCGUAUCGCUUUCUUUCUCUUCCUGGACGGUUUGGACCAAUCUCGGCCCCCUUGCUCCCCGCUUCGUUCCACUGUCCCACACCACAACCUCAUGGGCACUCUCAAUCUCAUUCCACCCAGCUCCGACCCGACAGCAGAUCCAGCACCAGCACUAGACGACCAAAACUCGCAGUUGGUUGCUCGUCGCUCGUCGUCACUCUCCCGACCCUAAGCCAACUGCCUCCACGCUUUCGACAGCACGCGCCGCCCAGGCCCAGCAUGGCAAGCCCAGCAAUGUCCCGGGUCCGUGGUCCUUCAAACGCUGUCCUGAAAGCUGUCAACGACGAAUCGAGCAACGUCCAGAUCUCUUAUUCGGGAGCACAAAAGUCAAAAUCGACACGCCUUACCUUGUCAGGCUUGACAUCCCACCUUGUUUAG